GGCAAUUCGCCAACAUGCUUCAUAUCAUCCUAUCUACGUCGUAUGCUCUCUGUCUAGCCUCUGAUCUGGUUGCGGCUGUUAAUCCACCAUGUAUUGCCAUCGGUCGUUACUAUUGUCAGCGUUGAGUGGCUGUUUGUGCCAGCUUGCUCACGCGCAAUCAUCCAGUUCUCAACUACUCGCGUUUACAGUUCCUGCUGGCUUUCCUACCAGUCUAUUCUCGGCAUACUACAUUCCGCCGUCACCAACCGAAGAGCCUCAACCAAUCAUUCACGAUUUGACAUUGAAUUACACCUAUCCUCUUGAAUUGACCAACCCCAAAACCAUUCCUGAAGAGGACGAAGACCCUGUCUAUUAUCCAGCACCGCUUUACUCUGUCAACAACGGUUCCGCCAUUGUCGCCGACGCCAUCAGCCAAGUGAAGUCGAUCAUCUCUGGCAGCGGGUCUAAUUGCUCCAAAUGCAUUUCGGCGCUGGAGGUGGGCAAAUAUGUAGCCCAGCGGGUGCCCUCUAUGGUGCCGGACAUGCUUGUCGAGCUUUGCACCAGCACUGGUUUCAAGUCCAACACCACCUGUAAGGAGAGUUACGAGGCCACGAUUUUCGGCGCAAUCUGGACUCAAGUGCUUGCAUUGGCCGACGUGUCUGGCUCCGAUGGACAAUACAUCUGCAACUCAGUCAGCAGUACAUUUUGCAAGAUGCCGUCGACUCUAUCUUCCAACACCACAAGCUUUUUUGGUCCAAAACCCGCCAACGUCACUGUCCCAAAAGCGAGCGGGAAACGGGUUAAGGUCUUGCACAUGAGUGACAUGCACAUUGAUCCUCGUUACUCUGUUGGCUCGGACGCCAACUGUUCAAGUGGUCUUUGCUGCCGUGCAAACGCGGGAAGCACUUCUGGCAAGAUUGGACUGCCGGCACCACUCUAUGGAGCUUUCAAAUGUGACAGUCCUUAUUUCCUCCUGACUUCAGCACUAGAGUCGAUCUCACCUUUGACCGGAACCACUCACGACAACAAGUCUGAUCACGACCAAUUCGCUUGGGGUAUCUAUACUGGUGACCUGGUUUCGCACGAGGGCCAGAAUGAACUCUCCAGGAACUAUACCAUGUAUGCAGAAUGGUCAAUCUAUCAUAUGCUCAAGGCGUAUAUUCCCAGUGGUCCCAUCUUUGCAGCUUUGGGAAAUCACGACAGCAAUCCCGAAGCUAUUGAUGCUCCCCACUCGUUACCUGGAAACUUGGGACAGCAACAGUCUUGGAAUUAUGAUCACGUCGCCUCACUUUGGCAACAGAACAACUGGAUCUCCGCGGAAGCUGCAAACGAAGCUCGUAUGCAUUAUGCGGCUUAUAGCAUCAACCAUCCGGCAUAUCCCAAGUUGAGAAUCAUUACUCUCAAUACUGAUUUUUGGUACAAAGCCAACUUUUUGAAUUUCAUCAACACCACAAACCCCGACAACAGUGGCAAUCUCAAGUUCCUUGCCGACGAACUUCAAGAUGCCGAAAACAAAAAAGAGCGAGUCUGGAUCGUUGGACAUGUGUUGACUGGUUGGGAUGGAUCGAACCCUAUGCCAAAUCCAACAGACCUCUUUUACCAGAUCGUCGACCGUUUCUCGCCACACGUAAUUGCAGGCAUCUUCUUCGGCCACACCCACGAAGAUCAAUUGAUGAUCUAUUACGCCAACAACGGUACCGUCCAAAACGCCGCAAACGCCUUGAACGUCGGUUGGAUCGGACCCAGCGUGACUCCCUUGACGAACCUCAACAGUGGAUACAGGAUGUACGAAGUCGACACUGGGGAUUUUUCGGUUUACGAGGCCUACACUUAUUAUAGCAACGUCAGUGCCUUCGGAGGGAUCAACGCCAGCGAAACAGGUCCGGUGUGGAAGUUUGAAUAUUCGACCCGAGAUGCAUACAGACUCCGAGAUUGGCCUCCGACCGCUCCCUUGAACGCCACUUACUGGCACAAGGUGACGGAAGCAAUGACCCACAAUCACACUUUGGUCGGCAUGCACAACACCUUUGAGGGUAAGAUGAGUGUCAAGACCCCCAAUUGUACCAGCGACGCUUGCGCCGAGGCCAAGAUCUGUUACAUGAGAAGUGGGAGUGUCGCCCUCGGGAAACAAUGUCCCCAAGGGUUCGGUUCGGUCCAGAGUGCCUUUACAGGCAAAAACUUUUGAUCGAGACCUAGUAUCGGAGGGAAACUCUUGUAA